AUGGGCGUGCCUCGUCCUUUAUUCCGAGCGCGAUCGCUCCUGUUCUUCCUGGCGAUCAUAUGUCUUUUGAUUUGGUCCUCGCCGCGUUGGACCCCCUUGACGAAUAUCUCCAUAGUCAAUCCUGCCCCGAAUCCUAUAAAAUCCGCCCAAGACCUAAUUGAGGCCAAUCGCAAACUGUGGCCUGGAUUCGAAACUACUAUUAAAGAUUACACGCCCCACGAAUUUCCCAUUAUCGAACGUGAAAAAGCGCCAACGGAGCGGUUUGACCCAGAAGAUGCGUCACCUCGACCAGAUUUGUUACAAUUGGAUGCGGAGGAUAUUGGGUUCAUGAAGAAAGCACAUGCUGGAUUCACGCACAAGAUUCUAGAUUCUCCACCAGAAUUGAAUUAUGUCUCAGGGACGAGAGGCCUGGUCUCAACCGCAGGCGGUUCAUACCUUCCGGUACUGGUCAUUUCUCUUCGAAUGCUUCGUCGAACAGGCUCCACCCUCCCGAUGGAGGUCUUCUUGGCAAACGAAUCUGAAUAUGAAGAAUACAUAUGCGAUACUGUAUUACCCUCUCUCAAUGCAUCAUGUGUCGUGUUAUCACAUAUCAUGGAUGUAUCAUUAACAAAGAUCGAAACAUACCAACUGAAAAUCUUCGCGAUGAUAUUCUCUUCAUUUGAAGAAAUCCUAUUUUUAGACGCUGAUGCGUUUCCACUGGAGCGACCAGAGCUUCUUUUCGAAAGCAAGCCAUUUUUAGGGACAUAUAUGGUUACAUGGCCCGAUUUCUGGGCAUCUUCUACAUCUCCUCUUUUCUAUGAGAUUGCUGAUACCUAUACUCUGCCUAAGAAUUUUCAACAAUCAACAGAGUCAGGCGAGAUCCUCAUCUCAAAGAAAACUCAUUCCCGGACCUUGCUACUCGCUACUUACUAUAAUUACUGGGGACCUACGCAUUUUUAUCCACUCUUAUCACAGGGUGCUGCCGGCCAAGGAGACAAAGAGACCUUUAUCGCAGCUGCAAUCGUGAUGACAGAUUCAUACUAUCAAGUAAGCGAACCAAUUUGCGCACUGGGACAUCGGAAAGAAGGUGGCGGAAUGGCAGGAUCGGCGAUGGCCCAGUUCAACCCAAUCCACGACUACAACCUGACAAGAAAGGGUCUAUGGCGAGUUCGUGGAGAUAGUGCGCCUCCGCCAGACGUGUUCUUCAUACACGCGAAUUUUCCAAAGUUCAAUCCGGCUACAGUAUUCGAGAAACAUGAUGUGAACCCUGCGUUCUUAGAUGAUGGGACGUAUACUCGUGCUUGGACUAUCCCCGAAGACGUGGUGGGGCAAUUCAGCAACAAGGUUGAUAUUGAAAAAGCCUUUUGGAGAGAGAUCCUAUGGACGGCCUGUGAGCUUGAAGAUAAGUUCGUGUCAUGGGAAGAGUUGGAUGGGAUAUGUGCUGGUGUGAAAGAUUACUGGCAUAUGGUCUAUGAGUCUGAUGGGCUACCAUCUUGA